CCGAGUUGCCCUUCUCCAGUCCCCAGCGCCGCUGCGUAAGGUAAGGAAGCAGGCAGCCGGUUAAGUCAUACCAGAUUGUAGCAGGAGGAAGAUCGGACACCACCAGGUUGCCAACCCCUAGCCACACCGACAGGGACCGCCGGUCACCAUACCCACUAUCAAGACCUGCAGCAGCGCCGGCUUGCAGCCUGAGGCGCAUCGGCGCCGCCCUCUCUACGCAACCGACAUGGCUGCGAAGCGCAGGGCCAGCCCCGAGCUCGUCCCCAAUCCCUUCAUCAAGAAGCGGAACCUAGAGUGGAGCAUCGCGCCCUCGGGGCCGGCGCGCGACACCGACGACGAGGCCGACAGCGGCGACGGCAGCAGCAGCAGCUCCCCCGGGUCGCGCGCCGCGGCGGGCCCCGCACCGGCGGAGAACCGCGGGGCGGAGGAGGAGGAGCCAGACGCCUCGCGCGCGGCGGAGCUCCUCGGGCGGCUGGGCGGGGCGGCGCCGGCGCCCUUCGCCGGGGGCGCGGCGCUGUGGCGCGCGAGCUGGGGCGCGGCGGGCGGCGCGCACUUCGUCGUGCACCAGCACGACCACCCGGUCGCCGGGCCGCACUACGACCUGCGGCUGCAGAUCAACGGGCGCAGCAGCGCGUCGUGGGCCGUCGCGUACGGGCUGCCCGGCGACGCCAACAGCCGGCGGCCGAAUCGGGCCGCGAUCGAGACGCGGGUCCAUUGCCUGACGAACCACCUCGCGGAAACGGCCUCCCGCGCCGCGGGCUCCCUGCUCAUCUGGGACACGGGGACGUACGCGGUGCUUCCGCCGCCGCGGGCCCCCUCCUCCUCUUCUUCCUCCUCCUGCUCCUCGUCGCCAGCACAGGCCGACGCCCCCCGCCCCACCGAGCAGGAGAACCUCGCCCGCGCGUUCCGCGCCCGCCGCAUCCGCCUGCAGCUCCGCGGCGCGCGGCUGCCGCGCCCCUACGUGCUCAGCCUGCGGCUUGCGCCGGGCAGCGACGCGGCGGCGCCGGACCGCGGAAGACAGCGCAGGCGCAGGCGCCCGGGCGCGCGGCCGCCUGCGCCUGCGCCUGCGCCCUCGACCUCGGACUCGGACUCGGGGGCUAGCGACGGUGACGCCGAGGUCCGGCGCACGAACGUGUACCCCGGCGCGGCGAACACGAUCGGCAGCGUGCACGGCCGGCGGUGGCUGCUGUCGCUGGACUGCGCAGGGAGCGGGUUCGUGCGGGCGCGGCGGGGCGGGCGCGCGGUGUGGGAGAGAGCCGGCGACGGCGACGGCGAUGACGGCGGCGGCAACGACGGAGAGGGCGCGGGCGCCGGCCGCCUAACCUUCCCCUUCCGUCUGCGCGGCGUCGAGGUUGAGCGCAGCGUCGUGACGGGCCGGCUGGCCGCCGACGUGCUCCGCGACGAGGGCGUCGUCGGGUACGUCGGGCGCCGCGGGUGGCGGCCCGUGCUAGAUUGACGGAACGAGAGGACGGCCGAGGGCCGGGGUGUUCGGCUGCGAGGAGCGUGGUCCCGCCGCCUCGGUGGGACCUUCUCACACUAGGUAUGGCCUGACACUACGGACGUGUUCACGAGCGGCCACGUCGCGACCGCAGCUUCGUAGAAUACUCCCCUAGGAGAGGAGGAGGAGCCAAUUCACGGAAAGGCGGCAAUGGCAAAACUACGCGCGCAGGUAUGCGCCGCGAUAGCAGAGAUACAAUCCCGUAGGCAGCCUAAAGACUCUUCCAUUCCCAUAUGUAUAUGUAUAUCGGCGACUCCUGCAGAAGCACGCGUAAAGCACCAACACUUGGAGGGACCAUCGCCCUCGUACAUACCCCGAACUCCAAACUUAUAAACAUAAGCGCGGGAAAGAACCCCGUUUCUACGGCUCAUCCCGCCAGCUUUCAUCUUGGUCACAUCUAAACACCUCUCGAACGAGAGCGAGAGCGAAUAUCCAUCCUAUCGACAGGCCGUCGUAAUUCAUUGAACGCCGGCCGUGAUGCAAGCAACCCCGCUACCCCCCUCUUUUUUUUUCUU